AUGCUCUCAUUUUCUUUCAACCCGUACACUUGGGACAGCACAAAGGAGCGAGUUGGCUCGGAUGUUGUAACCCUGCAGUUGAAAAACAACGACAGCAAGCUUAUUAAAGUAUCAAAUCUCACGGAAGACAUUGUUAUCGUUACGCCUUUAAAACUUCAGAAAAUCUCUGCUUCAGAAAAGUCAUGGUAUUUCACAAGGAACGAUGUUCUACGUUUCCACGAGAUAAAAGUCAAGUAUGAAAACACCCUGCUGAUGCUGGAAAUCAAACCUCAAGAUCCAACCGUACAUCUGUUUGUCUAUAUGCGUUUUGGUCAGCGACCGACAACUCAAGAGUACGACCUCAAUGCCACCAUCUCUCAUGACAGAAAGUGUGUUUGGAUGAUAAGCGCACAUGACAAAAGUGAAGGGCAAACGGUCUGCUCCUUGAAUCCACAUGCACCGAUACAAGUUCUGGCUGAGCGUCCUGGGAAAUACUUUCUCGGCUUCAAAAAUUAUAAUGCCACAGUGAACUUAUCUAACAAAAGGGAGAAAAGGUCUUGUUUUGGUGGAGGGCGAAGGAAGCGCUCCUGCAUCGAAGUCAAAGAUCCACCACCCACCUCACCCCAGAGUGAAAAUGUCCCUGUAAUACCAGUUUAUGAUUCCACAACAGACCAGAACUACACUCUGAAGGUGGCCUUAGGUAGUUGCGUUUACUGGUCAGAAAAAUUUGACAAGUGGAUAUCAUCUGGCUGUCGAGUUUUAGCAGAAUCAGAUGGAUUUUUAAACUGUAGCUGUAGCCACUUGACAUCAUUUGGGGGAAGUCUCUUAGUUGAACCGAAUCAUAUUGACUUGGACAAGGUUCUAGUCGAGUUCCAGCGAUUAUCAGAAACUGGAAAUAUUGCUGUAAUCGUGGCUAUUGCGGUGGUUUUACUGUGUUAUGUGGCUGUUCUUGUUAUCGUAAGGAAAUUCGAUAUGGAAGACGCGAAAAAUAGGGAAUUACCCAUCCAACUUCCAUCAUCUUCAAGCAGCACCUAUGAAUAUGUUAUAGAGAUCACUACAGGAGCUUGGAAAAACUCAGGCACGACUGCUCAUGUUGCUUUGGAGAUUUACGGUUCUGAUGGAAAGAGUGGUGUUCUUCAGCUUAGUCAAGAAGAGCCUGAUGCAAUUAAUACGUUGUUCUCUCGAGGUAAUUCAGAUGUUUUUGUACUUUACGUUAACAAAUCACUUGGUUCGAUCCAAGGAGUGCAGAUUGGGCAUGAUAAUUUUGGAGAUAAUCCCUCUUGGUACUUAGAGGAAAUUCUGAUUCGGGAUGUACAAUCCCAGCAGUCGUGGAAAUUCAUGACCAACCAGUGGUUUGCUCUAGAGCGCGGAGAUGGGCGCAUCGAGCGAAUAAUCGACAAAUCCUCAAAUCAUCUGGAUUUUGGCAAUGAAGUUGCAAGACUUUGGCGAAGAGGCCUUGCGGAGUGGCAUAUUUGGAUUUCAGUAGCAGUCAAGCUAAGAAGAAGCCGCUUUACAAGAGUACAGCGGCUUUCAUGUUGCCUCUCAGUGCUUUUGACAGCCAUGUUAACUAACGCGAUGUUCUAUAAUUUAGAGGGCAAAUAUGAACAGCCUAUCCAAGUCGGACCUUUGAAAAUGUCGUGGAGACAAGUGGUGACUGGAAUUGAAAGUGCGCUUGUUGUGACACCCAUAAACAUUUUCAUAGUGUUUCUGUUUCAGAAAGGAGCUGAAAAGUCUGCGAUGAACAAUGAUUAUUGUCUUAACGGUACCCUGAUCUCUGUCUAA